CAAACAAAAUGAAAUGACCCUACAAGGCUCCCCCCAACCUUAACGUGGCCUUCACUUUCUCCAUCCCCCCUAAUACUACUAUAUAGCUUAAUCAAAUUUCAAUUCAGUGUGCUCUUGAAUAAACAACAGGUGUUCCAAUUGUUACCAGCCAAACCAUAUCUCCCUUUCUUUUGUCUCUCCCUUUUAACUAUCAAAUCUCAACCAAACUCAAACCACUCAACCAAAAUUCCUCCAACCUUCCCUUACUUGUAACCUAACUCAUCAACACCCUUCAAAAAAUAAAUCACAAAAAAAAUGUCCUUAAACCAACUAUACUAAUCAUGUAUUAUUCCUUAUUAGUCCUAGCUUAAUUUGUGCUACUACAACUUUUAUUUUAUUUGAAAAAAAAAAAAUCCAAUGGAGGAGGUGAAGGCAAUCAUGUUAUUUGGCAAGUACGAGAUGGGAAGAAUACUAGGUAAAGGAACAUUUGCAAAAGUGUACUAUGCCAAAGAAAUUGCUACGGGUGAAGGUGUAGCAAUUAAAGUUAUAGACAAAGACAAAGUGAGAAAAGAAGGCAUGAUGGAACAAAUCAAACGGGAAAUUUCAGUGAUGAGGUUAGUAAAACAUCCAAACAUUGUCAACCUUAAAGAAGUCAUGGCAACAAAGACAAAAAUCUUGUUCGUCAUGGAAUAUGCACGUGGCGGUGAAUUAUUCGAUAAAGUUGCGAAAGGUAAAUUUAAAGAAGAACUUGCUAGGAAGUAUUUUCAACAACUUAUAAGCGCGGUUGAUUAUUGUCAUAGUAGAGGCGUUUCACACCGCGAUUUGAAACCGGAAAAUUUGUUACUUGAUGAAAACGGUGAUCUUAAGGUGUCUGAUUUCGGACUCUCUGCUUUGCCUGAACAACUUCGUCAGGACGGACUUUUACAUACUCAAUGUGGAACUCCUGCUUACGUGGCACCCGAGGUAGUUAGAAAAAGAGGUUAUAACGGCUUUAAAGCCGAUACUUGGUCAUGUGGUGUUAUUCUUUAUGCUUUACUUGCUGGAUUUUUACCUUUUCAACAUGAAAAUUUAAUGUCCAUGUAUAAUAAAGUUUUCAAAGAAGAGUAUCAAUUUCCACCUUGGUUUUCGCCUGAAUCAAAGAGAUUAAUCUCGAAGAUUUUAGUAGCUGAUCCAGAAAGAAGAAUCACAAUUCCUUCAAUCAUGAAUGUUCCAUGGUUUCGAAAAGGUUUAUCGUCACUAUCAACAAUUACUACUUCAAAUGAUGAAGUAGAAUUUGAAUCAAAGGUAAUUGAUUCUUCUCCACCACAAUUUUUCAAUGCGUUCGAUUUUAUUUCUUCGAUGUCUUCGGGGUUUGAUCUUUCGGGUUUGUUCGAGGAAAAGAAAAAAAGGGAUUCGGUUUUUACUUCAAAGUGUUCGGUUUCGGAGAUUGUGACAAAAAUCGAAAGUGCUGCGAAAAAUUUAAAGUUUAAGGUUAAGAAGGUUAAAGAUUUUAAACUGAAGCUACAAGGGUCUUUUGAAGGGAGAAAAGGAAAGUUAACCGUGUCGGCGGAGAUAUACGAGGUGGCGCCGGAGCUUGCGGUGGUUGAGUUUUCCAAGAGUUCCGGUGAUACUUUUGAAUAUGUUAAGGUGUUUGAAGAAGAUGUUAGGCCUGCUCUCAAAGACAUUGUUUGGUCAUGGCAAGGGGAAUGAUGCCACGUGUAAUGAUUACAUGGCCCAAUCAAUAGCAUGCCUAAUAUUCCCUGAAUUGAAUUUUGGGUGUAUAAUAUAUGAAUAUGAAUCAUAUAUUAAAUUUGUGUAUAUAUAAUAUUAAUGUGGUGUAUAAUAUAUAUGCUAGAAUUGGGUGCUUCUUUAUAAGUUCUAACAAAUUUUGUUUUGUUGCAUCUUGAUUUUGGAGUUUUUAUUUUGUUUUAUUAGUAGUUUGAAUGUUAGGUAGAUGUAGAUACUAGAUAGUACUAGUCUGAUUUUGGUGAGACUGUAAAUACUCCACCCUACAAGCCCCCAAUUGUAAAAAUUAGGUAGUAUUUGGCAAGAUUUGAGAAUUACUAAAUUUUGGUGUUUUAGUUUCAUUUUCUUUAUGAGAAAUAAUAUUUCGACAACUAUUGAUAACUCUUUA